GCUGUAUUCCUCUUUCCCCCUUCCUCAACCGGCAAAGCGACGAUGGAACCCCUGCUCUCUGUGAUGUUCGUCGACAACACCAAGGAGCACGGUGACGUCGAGCUUGCGGUGUUUCCUGAAGCUGUGUUCACGACUGCUGUUGGACAUAGCAGCAAGUGGACGCUUGCGAGUUGGCAUGUGACGACGCCUGAGAAGAUGGUG